AUGGUGAGUGUGGGAUAUGAUCUGCUACAUGUUCGAAAGGCAUGGGAGGAGAAAUCCCUAGGCGAAGGAGGGAGGGCGCUGGAGAAGUUCCGCUUCAACCUGGAGAGGAAGGACUGGACUUUGGGAUGGGAUUACGGCGAGGAGGGAAUUACCAUCAAGUACUUGUUCGAUCAAGAGACGAAGACGCACUUCGUAUUGACUGAGGCCCAGCUGGAUUUCGAGUGCUACUGGACAUUUCGACAAUAUCAAGACCACGCCAUGCCGGCCACUACCGAUUGGUUCUCGGAUAUGAAGGAAUACACAAUCAUUCAGGUCCGUCCGAUUAGAGAGGGUUUUUGA